AAAGACCUAAAACAAUGUCGAUGACAGACGACAGUUUUGUGUUGUGUGAAUAAUUUUUAGGUUGAUUGUUUUAUUUAUGAUAGUAGAAAACAAAAAUUACAUUGAAUUAUUGGCCUUUUUCCUUGCAAGCAAAAAAUUUCGAACAAAACAUUAUUUUAUUGCCCUCUGAUUUUAAAACUCCUAAGCUUCACAAUGCCGAAAGUCCGCCGUAGCCGGAAACCACCUCCAGAUGGAUGGGAGCUAAUCGAACCAACUCUUGAAGAGCUAGAGCAAAAAAUGCGCGAAGCUGAAACCGAGCCUCACGAAGGUAAAAGAAAACAAGAAUCACUCUGGCCGAUAUUUAAGAUUCACCACCAGAAAUCUCGUUACAUAUACGAUUUGUUCUACAGAAGAAAAGCAAUCAGUAGGGAGCUUUACCAAUAUUGCCUCAAUGAGAAGAUUGCUGAUGCAAAUCUUAUUGCUAAGUGGAAGAAAACAGGGUAUGAAAACUUGUGCUGUCUAAGAUGUAUACAGACGAGGGAUACAAAUUUUGCAACUAAUUGUAUAUGUAGGGUGCCUAAGAGCAAGUUGGAAGAAGGUAGGAUUGUGGAGUGUGUACAUUGCGGUUGUAGAGGAUGCUCAGGAUAAUUAUGUUUAAAGCAUAUGCAAAUGAGAAAAUGUGAACAUUUCCUUGAAACCACCUCAUACAUUUCUUUGCAAUAAUUGGCAUGCGAGUGUAGAAACAUUCAGUUCUAACUUUUUUUGGGUUUAAUUACCUAGGCAAUAAAUAAUUUAAUA